AUGGAUCCUGGUUGUAAGUGGCGGAAUUUGCCCACUGGGCCCAGCCUGAAACACUUGACUGAACCGGGCUAUGGGCUCCCCAAAGAGCAGCAGCUACCCACUUUGCAAGAACUCACGCGGGCACACAUCGAGUCCUUCAAUUAUGCUAUGCGAGAGGGACUCAGCCACGCGGUGCAGGCCAUUCCACCCUUGGAAUUUGCCUUCAAAGAUGAACGGAUCACUCUUGCUAUUGUGGAUGCUGUCGUUAGUCCUCCAAUGGUCCCUAAGGGGAGCAUCUGCAAAGAGUUGAAAGUCUACCCAGCAGAAUGUCGAGGUCGGAGAAGUACAUAUCGGGGAAAACUGACAGCUGAUAUCAGCUGGUCUGUGAAUGGGAACCCAAAAGGAAUUAUUAAACAAUCCCUUGGCUAUAUUCCUAUUAUGGUGAAGUCUAAGCUGUGCAAUUUAUAUAAUCUUCCUCCAAAAUCUCUUAUUGAGCACCAUGAAGAGGCAGAGGAGAUGGGAGGCUAUUUUAUAAUAAAUGGUAUUGAAAAAAUUAUCAGGAUGCUGAUUAUGCCACGGAGAAAUUUUCCCAUUGCAAUGAUAAGACCAAAAUGGAAAACCAGAGGCCCUGGCUAUACCCAUUAUGGAAUAUCAAUGCAUUGUGUUAGGGAUGAGCACACUGCUAUCAACAUGAACCUUCACUACUUGGAAAAUGGCUCGGUGAUGGUGAAUUUUAUUUAUCAUAAAGAAUUAUUUUUUCUUCCUCUGGGAUUUGUACUCAAGGCAUUGGUUGCCUUUUCUGAUUACCAAAUUUUUCAGGAGCUGAUCAAGGGAAGAGAGGAGAACUCAUUUUUUAGGAACUGUAUUUCUCAGAUGUUAAGAAUUGUAAUGGAAGAAGGUUGUAUUACACAAAAGCAGGUCCUUAACUACUUGGGAGAACGUUUUAGGGUAAAGCUCAGCCUUCCUGAUUGGUACACAAACGAACAAGCUGCAGAAUUUCUAUUAAAUCAGUGUGUGUGUAUCCAUCUGAAAUCCAACGAAGAAAAGUUUUAUGUGCUUUGUCUCAUGACUCGGAAGUUGUUUACUUUUGCCAAAGAGGAAUGUAUGGAGGAAAAUCCUGAUAGCUUAAUGAAUCAGGAAGUUCUCACCCCAGGGAGACUCAUCCUUAUGUUUUUAAAGGAAAAGAUGGAAGCUUGGUUGGUGUCUGUUAAAAUAGCUUUGGACAAAAGGGCUCAAAAGACCAAUGUCUCUAUGAACACCGAAAAUCUGAUGAAGAUAUUUAGUAUGGGAUUAGAUCUUACAAGACCGUUUGAAUAUUUUCUUGCUACUGGAAACUUAAGAUCAAAAACAGGCCUCGGCAUGCUUCAAGAUUCUGGGCUGUGCGUGGUGGCCGACAAGCUGAAUUUCAUCCGUUACCUGUCCCAUUUCCGCUGCGUGCACCGAGGGGCCGCCUUCGCCAAGAUGAGGACCACCACAGUCCGCAAGCUGCUCCCAGAGUCUUGGGGCUUCCUCUGUCCUGUGCACACGCCAGACGGGGAGCCCUGCGGCCUGAUGAACCACAUGACGGCCGUCUGCGAGGUGGUCACACAGACCGCUUACUCGUCCUCCAUCGCCCCUUUGCUUUGCUCCUUAGGGGUUACCCCAUUUGAUGGAACACCAAGUCAGCCUUAUAGCGAAUGCUACCCUGUUAUGUUGAAUGGUAUCAUGGUUGGCUGGGUGGAAAAAGAUCUUGCUCCUGCCAUUACAGAUUCUCUCCGAAAUUUUAAGGUAUUGGGGGAAAAACAAAUCCCUCCUUGGACAGAAAUAGUCCUUAUCCCAAUGACUGGAAAACCAAGUUUGUACCCUGGACUGUUUCUUUUCACUACUCCUUGUAGAAUGAUACGACCUGUGCAAAAUUUGGAACUGGGUAAAGAAGAACUGAUUGGCACUCUGGAACAGCUCUUUAUGAACAUUGCUAUCUUUGAGAAUGAGAUUGUUCCUGGAGUAACCACACACCAGGAGCUCUUUCCUCACAGCCUGCUCAGUGUGGUAGCCAAUUUCAUUCCUUUCUCUGACCAUAAUCAGAGUCCCCGAAACAUGUAUCAGUGCCAGAUGGGUAAACAAACCAUGGGAUUUCCACUUCUUACUUACCAGGACCGAUCAGAUAAUAAACUAUAUCGUCUUCAAACUCCACAAAGCCCAUUAGUCAGACCUUACAUGUAUGAUUACUAUGAUAUGGAUAACUAUCCUAUUGGGACAAAUGCUAUUGUUGCUGUCAUUUCUUAUACAGGCUAUGAUAUGGAAGAUGCCAUGAUUGUGAAUAAAGCUUCCUGGGAAAGAGGCUUUGCUCAUGGAAGUGUCUACAAGACAGAGCUCAUAGAUCUUUCUGAAAAAAUCAAACAAGGAGAUGACAGUCUGGUGUUUGGAGUCAAACCUGGAGAUCUACAGGUUCUACAGAAAUUAGACAAUGAUGGCUUGCCACAUAUUGGUUCUCUUCUAAAAUAUGGAGACCCUUUUUACAGUUACCUAAAUGUCAACACGGGAGAAAGCUUUGUGACAUACUAUAAAAAUAAAGAAAAUUGUAUUGUGGAUAACAUCAAAGUAUGCAGUAACGACUCUGGAAAUGGGAAAUUCAAAAGCAUUUGUAUCACCAUGAGGAUCCCCCGGAACCCAACGAUCGGGGACAAAUUUGCCAGUCGCCACGGCCAGAAGGGGAUUCUGAGUCGGCUGUGGCCUGCCGAGGACAUGCCCUUUACGGAGAGUGGGAUGGUCCCGGACAUUCUGUUCAAUCCGCACGGUUUUCCAUCCCGGAUGACCAUUGGCAUGCUCAUCGAGAGCAUGGCGGGGAAGUCGGCAGCGCUGCACGGGCUCUGCCAUGACGCCACCCCCUUUACCUUUUCGGAGGAGAACUCCGCCCUGGGCUACUUUGGGGAGAUGUUGAAGGCGGCCGGCUACAACUUCUACGGCACGGAGAGGCUGUACAGCGGCAUCAGCGGGGUGGAACUGGAAGCGGACAUCUUCAUCGGGGUAGUCUACUACCAGCGCUUGCGCCACAUGGUCUCAGACAAGUUCCAGGUGAGGACGACGGGCGCCCGAGACAAAGUCACGAACCAGCCCAUCGGGGGCCGGAACGUGCAGGGCGGGAUCCGGUUUGGGGAGAUGGAACGGGACGCCCUGCUAGCGCACGGCACCUCCUUCCUGCUUCAUGACCGCCUCUUCAACUGCUCGGACCGCUCGGUUGCCCAUGUGUGCGUGAAGUGCGGCAGCCUGCUCUCUCCGCUGCUGGAGAAGCCCCCACCGUCCUGGUCUGCCAUGCGCAACAGGAAGUACAACUGCACCGUGUGCAACCAGAGUGACACCAUCGACACGGUGUCCGUGCCUUACGUGUUCCGCUACUUUGUAGCCGAAUUGGCAGCUAUGAACAUCAAAGUCAAACUUGACGUUGUUUAAGUAUUAUCUUCCUCCUGUCGUGCUCUUAAGGUUUUUAUUUCAGAUGGACUUUUUUCCACUUAAAAUUAUUUUUAAUAAAAAAUAAGUUUUGGAGGGAAAGAUAGGGGAGUUAAACUUGAA